AUUAACACUUUCGGAUUUUGGAAAGUAUUAAUUAACAAGAGGGUGAUAAUGGUUUUAUGUUGGGCUCCGGGUUGUAACCAUUACAAUCAACGAGAAACCUGCAGAUUUUUUAAGUUUCCCACAGAACCUCGUUUAAGGGCCAAAUGGAAACAACUUGUUAGGCGCAGUAUCGAACCAGGUAGUGGUGCCUUUUUAUGCAGUUGCCAUUUUCCAGAUGGCCGGAAAGAAAAUGGCCCAAAAUUAUUUGAAUAUAAUCGUGAGAAACGAUUUGCGUUCUCAUCUCCAGAAAAGAAAUGUAGAUGUACGGAUUCAAGAGACAUAGAGUCAAAAGUACAAGAUAAUGAAACGUCUGAACCUGUUCCUGCAUCAAGUGAGCUACAGCCAAGCAAAUCACUGCAAGCCUCCGCAUGGGGCGAUCCCCAACCAAGCACAUCCCAUGAACUAACCGCAUCCAGACAAGUUCCGGCAUUGGAUGAGCUACAGCCAAGCACCUCAUGGCAAGCCUCCAUAUUGGACGAGUCACAACCAAGCACAUCCCAAGAAGUCUUUGUGUCAAGUGAUUCUGCUGUGGUGGAUGCAGAAAAUUAUUUCUUAUUACAAGAAAUUAAUGCGCAAAAGAGACAACUACAGUAUUUCUCCAACCGCAUGAGUUUUGACAGCAUUGCAGACCACAAUACACUGGUAUUGUUAUACACUGGAUUACCCAGCAAAGAAAUUUUUGAAAGUGUGUAUAACUUAGUUAGCAAUUUGAAAAUAAAUUAUUAUUUCCAUUGGAAUGUGGAAAAAUUGAAUCGCAAGGAUCAGUUGCUCCUUACCCUUAUGAAGUUGCGACAAAAUGCUCCGCAUUUAGACCUAGCCUAUCGAUUUGGUAUUUCACAGGCUACUGUAUCAAAUAUUGUAAUUACAUGGAUUCAUGUUCUUCAUCAGAUAUUGUUUAAAAAACUAAUGAACACCAUCCCAGCUAGGGAGAAAAAUAGAACGUGCUUGCCAAAUUGUUGCAGUACUUUUACAAACUGCCGAAUUAUUAUAGACUGCACAGAUAUUUUCACCGCUGUCCCACGGAGCUCAAUGGCUACGCAACGAGUCACAUACAGUGCCUAUAAACAUAGGAAUACCUGCAAAGGUCUUAUAGGUGUUGCACCCAAUGGUGUUAUAACUUAUAUAAGCGGUCUUUAUCCAGGUUCAACGUCUGAUAAAAAAAUAGUCCAGCACAGCGGAAUCCUCGAUCAAAUGGUACCGGGUGAUUUGAUUUUGGCCGAUAAAGGGUUUCUUAUUCGAGAUUUAUUACCACCUGGAGUGGCACUAAACAUCCCACCUUUUUUAAGUACAGCACAAUUUUCACCGGAACAAAUUAGGCAGACAGAAUGUAUUGCACGUGCACGCAUUCAUGUAGAACGUGCCAUCCGCCGCAUGAAAGUGUAUCGGAUUUUGUCUUUUAUUCCUUCUAAAUUGAUUCCCUAUGCAGAGGAGGUUUUCCAAACAGUUGGAGCCUUAACAAACUUACAAUAUCCCUUAAUUAGAGAAGUGGAGCAAUAUUUCUUAGUGGCUGAUGAUUAAAAUUUCAUUUUAUUUUUAAUAUUAGUAAGUAGGUAAUAAGGUGUACAGUUUAGGGUAGAAUUAAUUAUGUAUUACUGGUCUAGGUCCUCAUAGAAUUAAUAGUUAGUAUAAGGUAAUAAAUAGCAGUUGUUACGGUACACCCUGUACUCACAGGUGAACUAUAUUAUUAACUACGCGCAACUAUUAGGAAUCGUUCGAGAUAGGCAGUAUCAAGCGUUUUGGCCAAACACUACGAACCGAGUACUAUUAUUGUAUUAAUUUAAUUUGUAUGUAUAUAUUGUAUUUUUCGUUUGCUUAUUUGGUAAUAUUUAAUUAGAAUGACUGACAAGGGAUUAUUUAUUGUCAUAAAACUCGUCUGGAUGGAAGGAUGAAAAGUGUGUCUUCAAUUUUAAGUUAAGUCUUGAUUCUAACCAGGAAAGGGUUAGACAGAUUUUAUAUUUUGUAUUGU